GACCCAAGAAAAUCAGACUUCUGGAUACACCUUCAUCCUCUUGGGCUUCUCAGAAUAUCCAGAAUUCCAGGUAACCCUCUUCCUGGUUUUCCUGGCCAUCUAUAUAGUCACUGUGCUGGGGAACUUGGGCAUGAUUGCAAUCAUCAAGAUCAAUCCCAAACUCCACACCCCCAUGUACUUUUUCCUUAGCCACUUGUCCUUUGUUGAUUUCUGUUACUCUACAGUAGUUACACCCAAACUGUUGGAGAACUUGGUUGUGGCAGACAGGACCAUCUCCUUCACAGGAUGCAUCAUGCAUGUCUUCUUUGCGUGCAUAUUUGUGGUGACAGAAACUUUCAUGUUGGCGGUGAUGGCCUAUGACCGAUUUGUGGCAGUUUGCAACCCCCUGCUCUACACAGUUGUCAUGUCUCAGAAGCUUUGUUCCAUGUUAGUGGCUGCAUCGUACUGUUGGGGGAUAGUCUGUUCCCUGACACUUACCUACUUUCUACUGGAAUUGUCCUUCAGAGGAAAUAACAUCAUAAAUAACUUUGUGUGUGAGCAUGCUGCCAUUGUUGCUGUAUCCUGCUCUGACUCCUACGUUAGCCAGAAGAUCAUUUUAGUCUCUGCCACAUUCAAUGAAAUAAGCAGCCUGAUGAUCGUUCUUACUUCCUAUGUUUUCAUUUUUAUCACUGUCAUGAAGAUGCAUUCAACUGGGGGGCGCCAGAAAGCCUUCUCCACAUGUGCGUCCCAUCUAACCGCCAUUACUAUCUUCCAUGGUACAAUUCUUUUUCUCUAUUGUGUUCCUAACUCCAAAAGUUCCUGGCUCUUGGUCAAGGUGGCCUCUGUCUUUUAUACAGUGAUCAUCCCCAUGUUGAAUCCCCUUAUCUAUAGCCUCAGGAACAAGGAAGUGAAGGAAACGGUCAAAAAGUUAGUCAAUUACAAAUUAUUUUGUUGCAUAUUAUAA